UUUCUUGGCUGUGUAAACACUGAGGGCUGAAAUAAAAGAGUGGCUGUGAGCUCACACCCAGUACAGCAGUCAUGAUGAAGGCCACUGUUCUCCUCUGUGCAGCUCUUAUGCUCCUGCUUUCUGGGACUUUCACUGAAGAGAGUGAAGUUGUUCCUUUCAAUGUGAUGGUGAACAACAGCUUGAUGGGCCUGGCUCCAGUGACCUUCAGCACUGAUGUGUUUCCCAGAGGGAUCCUGCUAGGAGGUCUGAGAAGACUCAUGGCCUCUAAUGGAGACUUUAAGUUCUCCUACAAAGAGGAUCCAAACUACGGCCCUUUCCUUGAGAGUGUGAACGGCGUGGCAGGGAACAAUAAUGACCACACGUACUGGGAGCUGCUAGUCAAGACUCCAGAUGGAGAGAUCAAAAGACCUGAUGUUGGAAUUGGAUGCUACAUUCCCAGCCCGAAUGAGAAAAUCAUCUUGAAAUUUUCAAAGUGGUAAAGACUCAUCAGCCUGUAGAAUUGCAACAACAUGACCCUGUGAUAGAAUAAAUGCUGGAUUUUUCCAUGUGUUUAUCAAACAGGUGAAUAAAAAAUUCU